AUGUCCCUUGCCCUGUGUAGACUGAGGCCUAACAGCAAAACUUGCUUACAACCACUAACUCUUCGCUCACCAGAUCCUAUCCUUCGACUCUCAUUCGACCAAACCCCGCGAGGAAACUUUUUCAGUUGGUCUCCUCCAGUUGUAGCCUUCUCUAAGUUAAUAUUCCCUGGUAGUUCCUAGCUUCGAGGCUUCUAAGAGUCCCGGAGGCGCUUCCGUGAUGACUAGUGAUGAAGGGAAACUGAGAUACGUUGACAUUGGCAUCAACUUGGGGGAUCCCGUAUUUCGAGGCGAAUAUCACGGGGUCAGGAGACACUGCAACGACUUUGACGAUGUUCUUCAACGAGCCAAGGAUGUUGGCUGCAAAAAGUUUAUGGUGACUGGUUCCGAUCUAAAAGAAUCAGAACAUGCCGUCGAAAUAGCGAAAACAUACCCUGGAAUAUGCUACGCUACAGUUGGCGUCCACCCCUGCUCCGCAAAACACUUCGAUUCUUUUCCAGGAGGCCCUUCCACCCUUCUGUCUGCCAUCCGUGAUCUAGCCCAGAAAGCCAAGAAAUCAGGAGCAGCUGUCGCAUUUGGAGAGAUUGGUCUUGACUACGAUCGCUUAUUCCUGACUCCAAAAGACCAGCAGUUGAAGUACUUUGAAGCCCAGCUAGAGAUUGCGGUUGAGGUGCAACUCCCUCUAUUCCUCCACUCACGAGCAGCAAGUGAAGACUUUGAGCGAUUACUAGUGGCAAAACUCCCCCAGCUACCAAAGAAAGGCCUGGUUCACAGUUUCACUGGGACAGUGGAAGAGAUGCAACGUAUAAUCGAGAUGAGGCUUGAUGUUGGAGUCAAUGGGUGUAGCAUGAAGACGGAAGAGAACGUUGAGGUAGUCAGGCAAAUACCCCUUGAACAUCUGCAGAUUGAGACCGAUGGACCUUGGUGUGAAAUGCGUCCCAGUCACGCCUCGGCACAAUAUCUUAUUGGCGCACCUGCCCUACCGAAAGCUGUGAAGAAAGAGAAGUGGAGCAAAGGGCUCAUGGUCAAGGGCCGAAAUGAGUCUGCGACAAUACCGCACGUCGCGUACGCGAUAGCAAAGAUUAAGGACGUGACUGUGGAGGAAGUGUGCGAAGCCGCAUGGCGCAAUUCAAUUAAGAUGUUUGGGCUCGGAGAGACGGUUGAGUGAAAUGACCACAUUCCUCUGACUAUACAAUCAUAGCUCCCUAGUCAUUCUUUUCUGGGACUGAACUACGGGUUCUAUUGUUGUCUAGUUGAAAACGCCGACUAUCUCGAAACUAAAAGAAGCAUAGCGAGUAUUGAUACAGCUAAAGCAUAUAAGUUUAAGAACUUACAAAACAACGUCUAAAUCUAAGCUUAGCAGAAAAGUUUCAUAUAU